AUGCGAUCUCUUCGUAAAAUGUGCGGCGUUACGAUGGCCGACCGAAAGCGAAACGAAGAGAUUCGCAAUAUGGCAGGUUUGAAAGAUGACCUUAUCACAAAAAUUGAUAAGGGCGUGCUUCGGUGGUUUGGGCACGUUGAGCGAAUGAGUGAAGACCGAAUGGUGAAGAAAAUAUAUAGCGCGAAAGUUAAUAUUAAAAGGUGUCGAGGUAGACCGAGACUAACUUUCGAAGACCAUGUGAGCAAAUUGCUCGAAGAGGGUAGGGUCAAGAGUACUCGGAUACCUAGACGUGCAUGUAUGAAGAAGAUAAUGAAUCUGAAAGAAGCGAAAGAGGUAUGUAUGGAUCGUGACACUUGGCGAUCUGUUCUCUCUGGCUACCCCGUCAGGGAUUACAUACGAUAUGAACUUAAUGGAGUAGAAAUAGAUAAAAUUAAGAAAGCUGGUGUCACUACUACAAUAAAAUCUUAUCUAUCAUUAUAUGAAAAUGAAUCCAAAUGUGCUCGAGUUUGGGGCUGGUCAACUGGCGGAACAAGCAAUGCUAGUGGUGGAACGUUUUCCGCGUCUAUACCAUUGAACAAGAUAUUAGGAUUUGCAGAAGAUUAUGAAAAAAUUAUAAUUAAUUGUAAACAUGAGUUAGUAUUAUUACGAAGCAAUACAAACCUUAAUGCGAUCAAGUUAAAUACAGAUCAGAGAACCGCUUAUUGCUUGGUAUUAAACGACUGUAUAUUUGAAUACAAACUACUGAGUAAUAUCGUUAAGAAAAUAUCAUGA